AUGGCUUUCAUACGGCAGGUUUGGGCACUUACCAGGAAGAACUUCCUGAUUGCGCUGGUUCGACCAUACAUUACAACGCCACUACGAGCUUUCUUGCUUCCGGUGAUUUUAAUUGCCUUCUUAUCAUUUGCUCGUAAUUUGUUUGUCGUCCCGUCGAAAUAUGGAAUUGCACCAGCCACGCCUCUCUUAGCUCUCGGUGAUGCCCUGAACUCGGUGUCUUCUUCACGGACAAAUGUGGUCUUCGUCAAUAAUGGCUUCACUAAUGGUGAUAUCGCACGAGUUAUCGACCAGGUCUCCAUGCCUGUCCGUGCAAGUGGGAAAUCUGCCACUGUACUAUCGUCAACCGAUGCAGUCCAGGAUAUCUGCAAAAGCUCGAUCUUGGGCACAAGCUCUUGUGUAGCUGUUGCUGUCUUUGCCUCCUCCCCGACUGAGGGAAACGGCCGCAAAUGGAACUAUACUAUCAAGGCUGACGGUGCUCUCGGGAAGAAUAUCGAUGUCAAGUCGACCACCAACGAUGCGCAAACAUAUAUUCUCCCGUUCCAGCACGCCAUCGACUGGGCAAUAGCUUCUGUCAAUGGUACAGCCGGACCAACUAACCAACAGGUCAUGCAAUACCCCUAUACGUCGAAAUCUGAAGAAGAGCGUAUCAAGGAUACUCGUAUCAGAUAUACUGGCACGAUCAUCGAUAUCCUAGGCAUCGCGUUCCUCGUGGGUAGCAUUGGUAUCACGUAUCAGUUGACUGGCAUUGUUGCAACCGAGCGAGAGCUGGGCAUUUCCCAGCUUAUUGACUGCAUGAUACCGACCACAAGUCCCUGGAAAUCCCAAGCUGCACGUUUCCUCGCAGUCCAUCUCGCACUCGACGCUAUCUACUUGCCAGGCUGGGUCGCAAUGGCCAUAAUCCUGAAAGCUGUUGUCUUUACCAAAUCCUCCGUGGGUAUACAGAUCAUAUUCCAGCUCCUAUCCGGCCUAUCCUUGGCCUCGUUUGCUUUGUUCGGGGCAUCGUUCUUCAAAAAGGCACAACUCAGUGGAAUUGCAGUCGUUAUCACCUCAUUGGUCCUCGGUAUCAUUGCUCAAGUCGUCCGACCAUCUAGUGCCGCUGCUGUUGCUAUUCUAUCCUUCCUGUUCCCACCUAUGAACUAUAUCAAUUUUGUCGUUUUCAUGGCGAGAUGGGAAAGGCAGGAUCAAGCGACCAAUCUAGUCAAGGGUGCCCCAGAAAGUCCCUGGAGUAUUCCCGGGAUUGCCUUUUGGAUAUUUGCCCUCAUUCAUAUUAUAGUUUUCCCUGCCCUUGCCGCCCUUGUCGAGCGUCUACUUCAUGGCACUGGGUCAAAGUGCAGGAAGAGCAUAAGAUCAGAUUCAGCUUCUCAUGCCGUCGUUCUUAGCGGUUUCUCAAAGCAGUAUAAACCAAGCUGGUUUUACCGAACAGUCGCCCCGAUUUUCGGAAGUCGACGAGAAACAGUCUUGGCUGUCGACAACCUCAACCUCCGCGUCACCAAGGGUGAAAUCAUGGUGCUUCUGGGAGCUAACGGCAGUGGGAAAUCAACAACACUCGACGCCAUAUCGGGAGUUUCAAAAACGACAUCUGGAGAGGUCUCUGUGGCCUACCCUGAAAAUGCGGGAGGUUUCGGCAUGUGCCCUCAGAAGAACGUUAUUUGGGACAAACUUACUGUUCAAGAGCAUAUCUCGAUCUUUAAUGGUUUGAAAACUCUUGGGAAGCCUGACACUAAGGAGCAAAUCGCGGAGCUUGUAGCUGCCUGCGACUUGGAUAAGAAACUAAGCGCCCGCGCAGGAACUCUAUCUGGUGGUCAGAAGAGAAAGCUCCAAUUAGCUAUGAUGUUCACGGGUGGAUCAUCAGUUUGCUGUGUUGAUGAGGUUUCAUCCGGUCUCGACCCGAUUUCUAGACGAAAGAUAUGGGACAUUCUCCUGGCUGAACGCGGAAAACGAACCAUUUUACUCACGACCCAUUUCCUCGAUGAAGCCGAUGUGAUCGCCGACAGCAUUGCAAUCUUGUCCAAGGGUGUCCUUAAGGCUGAAGGUUCUAGCGUUGAACUCAAGCACAAGCUUGGAUCCGGCUAUAGAAUAUACGUUUAUCAAGGGCUUACGUCGGAGAAAUUGCAAUUACCAGAUACCCUGCGGACAGAGGUUCUUCACGACCAGGUUAUCUACACCGUCCCCGAUUCUUCACAGGCAGCGAAUUUUGUAAGGCAACUGGAGGAAAAUGGAAUUACUGAGUACCGUGUUAGUGGUCCAACUAUUGAGGAUGUGUUCUUAAAGGUUGCCGAAGAGAUUCAAUACGAAGCUGAAGCUUGGGACGAGGAUGGGAAGAGCGGGAAAGGAUCUGACAAGACUCCGCAUCUCCUCACUGGCCGUCGAAUUGGAAUGGCUCAACAGGCAUGGAUCUUGAUAUGCAAAAGAGCUACGAUUCUCCGUCGAAACUAUCUCCCCAGUAUUGCCGCGUUCCUACUCCCCAUCAUUGCAGCUGGAUUGGUAUCUCUUUUGAUGAAGGAUUACACACUUCCCGCAUGCAACGGGCCCGCCGCAUUCUCUGAAUCCGACGUCAACUCCUUUUUAAACCAGGUUAAGCUGAAGCUGGUAAUUGGACCACGCAGCAAACUUACGGCAGAAAGUUUGUUAUCCCUUGGUGGUAGAGUUGGAGGCGCUGGUGGUGGUUCGCUCCCAGCAAAUGUCACCAAUGCUCUGCGUGACGGCACUCAUAUCGUGGACACUCUCCAGGAGUUCAACGAUUACAUUAGUACUAACUUCCGGAAUAUUACUCCCGGCGGAUUCUACCUUGGAGAUGACAUGUCGCCGCCGACGCUCGCGUGGAAAGGAAAUGGAGGCGUUGCCUUGGCCUCAAUUCUACAAAACCAAAUGGAUAAUCUUUUGAACAAUGUCUCUAUCUCUACCCAGUACCAGAUCCUCGAGGUGCCAUGGAUAUCGUCAGCCUCAAGCACACUCCAACUUGUCAUCUACCUAGGCCUGGCCUUGUCGGCCUAUCCGGCUUUCUUCGCUCUUUAUCUUACCGUGGAGAAGCUUCGGCAUGUUAGGGACCUACACUACAGCAAUGGUGUCAGGAGUCUUCCACUAUGGCUUUCCUACUUAUCAUUUGACUUUACUAUUGCCCUUACUUCUACUGUUAUAAUGGUAGUAGUUUUCAGAGCGGUUUCCUCAAGCUGGUACCAUUUGGAAUAUCUUUUUGUCGUGUUUUUCCUCUACGCCAUUACGGCGACGCUAUUCGCAUAUAUCGUUUCAGUAUUCGCUUCAUCGCAACUGGCUGCCUUCGCUUUUGCAGCUGGAGGACAAGCGAUACUAUUCCUCGUCUACCUCAUUGCAUAUAUGAGUGUGGUUACCUAUGCACCAACGGAAAAGGUACAAAGCCUCCUAUUAGUAGUGCACUUCGCUAUUGCUGUGAUAUCGCCCAUCGGCAAUGUAAUCCGCGCCCUCUUCGUUGCCUUGAAUGUCUUCUCGACCAUCUGCAGAGAUAAAGAGAUAGUCAGUUACCCCGGUGAUAUUACGGCAUAUGGUGGCCCUAUCCUUUACCUCAUUUUGCAAGCGUUUGUAUUGUUUGGGGUACUCUUAUUCUGGGACUCGGGUCUAUCAUUCCGUCGCUUUACGAAAACAAAAAGAUCUGAUGCAGAGGAAGAAGUAAAUGGUGACCCAAACAUUGGAAAUGAACUCCAGCGUGUGUCGAGUUCUAAUGAUGGCCUCCGUGCCAUCCACUUGACCAAGUCGUUUGGAAAAUUCACUGCAGUCGAUGAUGUUACGUUCGGUGUUCCCCGUGGUGAAGUAUUCGCUCUCCUCGGUCCUAACGGUGCUGGAAAGUCCACCAUUAUCAGUUUAAUCCGAGGAGACCUUCAGCCCUCCAACAGCAGCGGCGAAAUAUUUGUCGAAAAUACACCAGUCACUACACAGCGAGCUACCGCACGCUCCCAUAUGGGCGUUUGUCCACAGUUUGACGCCAUGGAUCAGCUUACUGUGCUCGAACAUCUAAGGUUCUAUGCACGCAUUCGAGGAAUUCCAGACGUGGAGCAUAAUGUCCGCGAAGUUAUCCGAGCCGUAGGUCUUAUGCUUUAUGGUAACAGAAUGGCCAUGCAGCUUUCAGGUGGAAACAAGAGGAAACUAUCUCUUGGAAUUGCAUUGAUGGGAAAUCCAACAGUGCUCUUGUUGGAUGAGCCAUCGUCAGGAAUGGACGCAGCUUCAAAACGAGUUAUGUGGCGCACGCUUGAGUCAGUCGUCCCCGGCCGGUCGCUGGUCUUGACAACUCAUUCGAUGGAAGAAGCCGAUGCGCUAGCUACCCGUGCUGGUAUCAUGGCCAAACGAAUGCUCGCCAUCGGCACUACCGAUGAUCUCCGCCGCCGUCAUGGAAAUGCAUAUCACGUCCAUAUUGUCCACAAGGACGCACCACAUACCUCCGAAGUAGACAUGGCAGAAAUCCGCGAUUGGAUCGCUAAUACCCUCCCGAGCGCAUCGGUCGAACGAAAGACCUACCACGGCCAACUUCGAUUCAGCCUGAGCGGCUCAUCCCCCCUUUCUGACUUACGGGACGGUACAUCUGACCGACGGCGCCAGACCAGCGAGGAUGACUACAUCUCUCCUGAUUCCCCUGGAACUGCGCAAAGCAAUGGCAACCACGAUAGCCGCAUCGGUACUAGCAAACUCUUCUCACUCCUUGAGCAGAACAAAGAACGCCUUGGCUUCGCCUAUUAUUCUGUCAGCCAAACUACACUUGACCAAGUGUUUUUGACAAUAGUCGGGCAGCACAACAUCAAAGAAGAAGGCGAGUAA